AUGCCUAUUAGCAAAUCAUCUGAUGAAAGAAAACAACAUUACAUAGUGGUCAUUAAAAGCUUUCAAAAUAACGAUAUUGAGCCAACGGUUGCAACUACUAAGACUACCGAUUCUAUAUACCAAGAUCAUAUUUCUUGGGUUUCAGACUUCCAUUCCCAGGAAGCCGUCGCGACAUCUCUUGACGAAAAUGGUCCCUCGCCUACUGCUAAUAACAGCCGCAAUGAUUUUAUUAUUCACGAAUACGCCAUUGGCGAUUAUUUUCGAGCUUAUUCUGCUAUGUUUGAACCACAAUUUGUGGAAAAUAUUCUAAAACAACGAGAAGAAAUUGAUUAUGUUGCACGAGAUUCCGAGGUUUGGGUUACACGUGAUUUUGUUGGUCUUAGCGAAGAUGAUAUAAUCGAGGAGUAUUUAGCAUUAGGUGACGAUGAUAAGGAAAUAAAAAUCAAAGACCCAUUAUUUGGGAUGAGAGUUCAGACAAAUCCUACAUGGAAUCUCGAUCGUCUCGACCAACGUUUUCUGCCUCGUGAUAGUUUAUAUAUCUCACCUGCUACUGGAGGUCGAAGAGUGAAUGUUUAUGUAAUCGAUACGUACGGAGCUAUCCUUUGUACAUUAUACGUUAAGAUCAAUCAUAUAACUUAUGCCACUGGAAUAGAUAUAAAUCACACAGAUUUUCAAGGUCGAGCUUCUUGGGGCAUAUCUAUUAUUAAAGGAACACCAAACAUUGACGAAUAUGGCCACGGAACUCAUGUUGCAGGAAUUAUUGCAGGGAAAAAAUAUGGGGUGGCAAAAGCCACGAGCGUUAUCGCAGUCAAAGCUUUAGGGAAAACAGGGACCGGAUCAUGGAGUGAUGUGAUUGCUGGAAUGAGCUGGGUCGCUCAACAGCAUAAAUACAAUAAAAGGAAGCAUUCAGUUGUCAACCUCUCUUUGACUGGUAAAUAUUUUCCACCAGCCAACGCAGCAGUCAAGGCAUUAAUCGAUAUUGGCGUUCACGUAACUGUUGCAGCUGGGAAUUACUAUGGCGCAAAUUCUUGUUUUUUCUCACCCUCCUCAACCCCUGAGGCGAUUACCACAGGAUCUUCAAGCAUUGAUGAUACAAUAUCUAGAUUUUCAAACGUUGGUGCAUGUGUUGACAUCUUCGCUCCCGGUCAAAAUGUUACUUCUGUCUGGCUUAAUAACGGAACUAGAAGUCUGUCCGGAACCAGUAUGGCCUCUCCUCAUGUUGCUGGUGUUAUUGCUCUAAUUAUUGCUCAAUGUGGUAACUUGCCACCGGCCAGAAUGAAGACAAAGAUUAAAGACAUGGCAACUAGAGGAGUUUUGAAAGAUGGAAAAUUUUCUUCGUCUAAUUUGUUAUUUUUAGAUCGUCUAUACUAA